GUCAUCCACUGGCACCCUCAUACAUCACGAUGUGCAAUCUCGGCAUGACGGAUGGGAUCUCUCUAACAUUCAUUGUCGCAGCUUCCAAAGGUAAUAUGACACGAGGUUCCAUUGAGUCACCCUGGUUCUCUCAGGACAUCAUCAGAGAUCUGGCUCUGUGCACUGCCUUGAUAUCAUCGCUCUCCUGGAUACUUAUAGCUGGAUUACUCCUUUGAAGGUUACUUAUAGCCGGAUUCGGGGAUCGCGCGUCCUCAGUUCUUCGCCAGCAUGCCCAUCGAUGGCCGACCCUCGCCUGGCUCCUCAUUCGACCCGCAGUCCGCGGACGUGAUCAUACUCUUGCAAGUGAGCCUCAUGCAGACCGCUGUCGAUUGCCUGUUCUUUGGUAUGCAAGCCGCCCUCUCAUUCGCUGCCUGGAGCGCGCUCGCACGUCGCGACUCGCGCUCUCUUGUCAUCAAAGCCGCCGUAGCUGUACUUCUCGGCAUAUCUACCGUCGCCGUUGUUUUGGCCAUGGAGAAUACUGUCGGAGGUCUGGAUCCGGCCUAUACGAAGAACGAUCAGUACAACAUCGUUUUGUCGGCGGUAGUCCGCGUCAGUUACUUGCUGAGCGACGUGAUCGUCGUCUGGCGCGCGUGGAUUCUUUCAGCAGGAAAUCGCUUCUCACAAGCUGCACUUUUGCUGUGUCUCUGUGGGACUACAGCCGGUAUCAUCGUCGACUUCGUCUGGGCGUACGAGAACCCCGCAAUGGUUCCGCCGGCGGCGCGCACGCUCAUCAAGACCAUUCCGCUCCUGGUCACAAAUAUCGUCGCGACGAUGGUAGUCAGCUGGCGAGUAUGGCACUACCGCCGCGACAUUAAGUUCAACCUCGACCCAUUGGGAAGGAAGACGAGGUUGGAGAAGAUCCUCGUCUUGCUCGUCGAGUCCGGCUUCAUAUAUUGCUUCCUUUGGGCCUUUGCUCUCGCCGUACAGUACAUCGGCGGCGACGGCGCUUUCUUCGCGCUCUAUAGCAUCGUUGGCCGGGCGUAUCACAGCAUCUCGGGCAUCUAUCCGACCAUCAUCAUCCUCGCUGUCGCGAUGCAGCGGUCGGAAGAGUCGCUAUUCACCGCGCGGCAGGAGGCGUCAGAGCCGAUACGUUCUUUACGUUUUGAGAGGUCUACGACGGGCACGGGUGCCGGCGCGACUACGACUCUGAGCAUGGACAAUGACCUGACGCGCAGCGAAGUCCUUGACGGUGGCGCGGAGUUCCAAAGUACGACCUCGACGUCAGUUCGGGAUAUUCACACGGCGUCCGUUGACUGUCCCGAGGUCGAGAGCGGCGGGUCUACGAGCUGAGGAUCAGAUGAAGGUGCAUUGUAGAUCGUAUCUAUAUCGUGUAAAUUAUUGCUUUCGUAUGGUAUCUAUAUAUCAAUGUACUACCAAAAAUCGCCUGA